UUAUUAAGGAUGUUCGCAAUUUUAUUAGACAGCUAGACUUUUAUUUUAAUAUACUAUGUGAAAGUUUCCAUCAAGAAAAUUAUUCAGCACUAAAUGUAUUUUUGACGAACGAGAUGGGUCUGCUAACAGAUCCUAGAGCUGGAAGUGGUAAACUCAUAAAAUUAUUGUUAAAAUAGAAACCGUUGUGUUUUACAUUAUAUAUCGGUGGAAUCGUAUGGCUGAUGCUCUUGGCGUUACCGGCAUUUAAUGACAAUACCUACUUCUCUGAGAAUGCCCUGCUGCCUGGAUUGGUUACAAAAGAGAGUAAUUUGGAACAGACGUCAAAGCAGUACUAUCAUGAAUUAAUUCACGAAAUGAAGAGAUAUCCAGACAGUAUGCCUUAUGCAUGGCUUUCCGCCAAAUUCAGCCAGCUUCAUUUGGAUGUAUUUAUACAUAAUUUCUCUUUGAUUUAUCCCUUCCAAGAACAAAAGUUUGUAGGACAAAAUAUAUAUGGCAUUGUUAGAGCUCCACGGGCAGCCAGUACCGAAGCUAUUGUAGUCAGUGUGCCAUAUAGACCUAUUAAUAGCAUUUAUCUAGAUACUGCACCUUCGGUAGCACUGUUACUUGCAUUUGCAAAAUUUUGCAGAAAACAAAAGUAUUGGGCAAAAGAUAUAAUAUUUCUUGUAACUGAACACGAGCAAUUGGGUAUGCAGGCAUGGUUAGACGCAUAUCAUGGAGUUACUAGUGGCCAAGAAGGAAUUUUGAUAGCAGGAGACUUAUCGGGAAGAGCUGGAUCUAUUCAAGCUGCUAUCAAUUUGGAAUUUCAUGCAAUGAAAAUUACAUCAAUUGAUGUCAAGAUAGAAGGAUUGAACGGGCAAUUACCAAAUUUAGAUCUUUUUAAUUUAGCACAAAAUAUGAUAACCAAAGAAGGAAUUCGACAAACUUUCCAACGUCGAUUUGAUGUUAAUUAUAGAGAUAAAUUAAAAAGUUGGGGAUAUCAUUUUAAUACAUUAAUGAGUAUGGUAGUAACACAAGCCACUGGUAUUCCGACUGGUAAUCAUGGACUUUUCCACAGAUUUGGUAUAGAGGCUAUUACAUUAGAGGGUUUCCAAAAAUCUGGCAAAGAGACGGAAGCAAAUUUUUAUCAAGUAGGACGUAUAGUGGAAAGUAUAGUGCGCUCACUCAAUAAUUUGUUAGAACGAUUCCAUCAAUCAUACUUCUUUUAUCUAUUGCCCUCUACUGAUCGAUAUAUUUCUAUUGGAUUAUAUAUGCGACCUUUGGUACUGAUUAUUGCUAGUGUAUUUAUAAAGGCAUUUUCUAUUUGGCAAAGAUUGCAAGCCUCGAGUAACUCGAAUGAAACGAAAAAGGACAAACAAAAUUCGUUGAACAAGGUUGAAGAAUUUGAUAUUGGAGGUGUCGCUUCAGAAGUGUUGUGGGCACACAUAUUUGGAGUAUUAAUAAUGGCAUCUCCUCGAUUUUUUGCUUCAAUCGGGUCACGAAUGUUCCACCUACGUACGGAGGAUUCCUUAUAUGCCAGUUUCGCCCUUAUCACGAUUCUCACAUUGUUGCGACGUUUCUAUCUGAGAAGGUCGAUCAAAUACGAGAAUAUUUCGCUUGUCUGCGUUAUCGCAUCAAUCGAACUGGCAACUACAUUAAUGUGCAUAGCUAUGCAUAAUUUUUCAUUAGCAUUAUUGACAGCCGUUGUGUAUGUACCGGUUGUACUAUUAAUAACACCACAUCAUAAACCUGCAUCGAGAUUACGCAAUUGUCAAUACAUCGCGUGGAUUAUACUUCAUCCGUUCUUCGCAUCGGCAAUAGUCGUGAUGGGCUACACGUAUUUCAAUUUUUCCACUGAUCCUGUAGUAUCUCUACUUCUCAGAGGCUAUCGCGCAAACAAGCAAGCGCUUGUAUUCAGUAUUGUAGACUCUAUGAUAUACGGCAACUGGUUUUACAACGUUACUACCGCUGUUAUGUUGCCGAUAUGGUUGUUGUUUUGGAAUGUUAUGCGUUCCAGCGCCGCGAUACCUUCACAAUAAAGCGAUUGCAUAACUUACAGUUAA